AUGAAGGCAGCCACAGUCUUGGUUUUGGUGGCUUUCUUAGCCAUAAUGAUGGACACGGCCUGUGCUCUGUCUUCUCCCAGAGGAUUACAAAACCCUGGAGCUUGUCCCGUUCUGCCCCCAAAUACUUUUGGAACUUGUGAUGAGAGAUGCACAGGAGAUGAAUCAUGCCCUGAGAAAAUGAAGUGCUGCAGCAAUGGGUGUGGUCAUGCCUGCCAACCUGCUGUCUUCAAAACGGUUGACAGUGAAGAGGAAGAUGGAUUCGAUACUUAUAAGUACAGCAGAUGA